UCCACUCUUCCCUGAGAGAGCAGCCACCGAGGAGACUCUGGGAUGAACCUGCCUCAUUACACCACAGAGACGACAGAGAGAGGAGACACAUGUUUAAUCCCCUGGAACAGAGGAAAACGUACUGUGCAGUAAAGAGCAGGGAGGUUUUUUUUUUUUGUAAAGAAUGGGAGACUAUGAUGAAGACACUGCAUUCCUUGGACAGACUGGUCCUUAUUUCUGGACCACAUUCUUCCUCCUGAACACAGUUUUUGUCUCAACUGGAUUCAACGGACUUUACAUGGUGUUUAUCGGGGCAUCCCCGAAACAUCACUGUCUCAUUCCAGACGUCAACUUGACCGAGGAGUGGACAAAUGCCAUCAUUCCUUUUACGAUAGUGGGUGGUGAGGAGGUGCAGAGCCAGUGUAGCAGAUACCGGCUAGAUGUGGUGAGAAAUCUCUCAGCUGAGGGAUAUCUCCCUGGAAGGGAUGUCAACCUCACUAACCUGGAGCAGGAGGGAUGUUUAGAUGGAUGGAACUACAGCAAAGACAUCUACCAGUCCAACAUAGUAACUGAGUGGGACCUUGUUUGUGACGACCAGUGGAAAGUUCCCUUUGCAUCCUCAACUCUCUAUGUGGGAUACCUCUUUGGGUCCCUAAUCUCAGGCCAUCUUUCUGACAGGUUUGGGAGGAAGAAGGUUGUUUUCAUCUCUCUCGGGGCCCAGUGUCUCUCAGUCCUGCUUCAGUCCUUCUCUCAUUCAUGGAGGAUGUUCUGCAUCAUGUUCCUCUUUGUUGGAGCCUCCCAGAUAUCCAUCUAUAUUUCUGCAUUUGUACUAGGAACGGAGCUUUUGAGUAAAACUAUGCGAGUAUUCUUCACAACUCUCGGGGCCUUCCUUUUCUAUUGCAUUGGCUACAUGACGCUACCCUGGAUUGCAUACGGCAUCCGAGAUUGGAGGACUCUGCUCGCCGUUCUGUCCACAACUGCUAUUGUCUACAUCCCACUGUGGUGGUUCAUCCCAGAGUCUCCCCGAUGGCUGAUCACUCAGGGAAGAGUGGAGGAGGCUGAGGCCAUUGUGAGGGAUGCUGCAAGGAAAAAUAAGGUUGAAGCACCAUCUGUCAUCUUUAAAGAAUCAGAGGCAUCAUCUCCAAACAGGAAAUACACCAUGCUCGAUAUCCUAAAGUCCAAGAACAUCAGAUGCAUCACACUGAUGUGUCUCCUUUUGUGGAUGGCAAUAAACAUUGGGUAUUUUGGAUUAUCCCUGAACACCUCCAACCUGAGUGGCGACCCCUUCAUGAACUGCUUUUUAUCGGCUGCUUCUGAGGUCCCCGCUUAUGUUGUUUCUACUUUGCUGCUAAGAAAAUGUCCAAGGAGAGCACUUCUGUCAUCGUUCCUCAUCAUUGGAGGAGGAGUUCUUCUUCUAAUCCAGAUCAUCCCCGAUACUCUUCAGUAUGUUGCUCUGGCACUGGAAAUGACUGGAAAGUUUGGCUUCACCAUGGCCUUCAGCAUCGUCUACAUCUACACCGCUGAGAUUUACCCCACUGUACUCAGGAAUGUCGGCAUGGGAAUGUGCUCCUCUGCUGCACGCAUCGGCAGCAUCACAGCUCCUUAUGUCAUCUAUUUAGGUACUUAUAAUAAGGUUCUUCCUUACAUCCUCAUGGGAAGUCUCACAAUUGCCUCCUCUGUGGUGAACUUCUUCCUUCCGGAGACCCUCAAUAGAGAUCUUCCAGAAAGAGUGGAGCAGAUGCAAGGAUGUCAGGGGUUGUGCAAUGGACCCAAAAAGAGGAAAUAUGUAGACGAUGAAGGAAGGAGGAAUCUACACAUACAACGUGAGACCAAACCUGAUAUGCAGACUCCGUAGUUUUUCUCAAUGGCUUUGCUUCAAAGAAAGAAAAAAACAAUUCUCUUACUUGAAAGUAAUAAUCUGAAAAUAAAAUCCAAAACAUGCACAGUGGGAUCCAAAAGUCCACUGACAAGAA